AGCUGCCAGAUGCACUACAAGAAGAUCUUGAGCCUAGCAAAAGGACCCCGAUAACGCCUGCUGGAUAUGCACACCUCCAGAUACUGUAACUGACCCCGACUCGGGGUCAGUACCCCUGUCGGUGGACAAGGUUCCCGUCGUCAUCCCAGUUCGGUUCCAUCAUCCGCUUUUACCCCUGAUGUCUCAACCUCCAGAUCCGCAUUCCAUCGUCAUCUCACCAAUCAGGCCGCUGGCAAAUGAGACCGUCGAGGAGAUUCUAAACUUGUUCACCCACGCUAUUGGCUUUUAUCAUCUCAUCAACCACGAGCUGCAGGUCAUUGUCCCAGAGGACUUUGACUACCAGGAGGAGCUGCACAAGUACCCUGCCGAGUUUGGGGGACUUAAAGUCAGCUUCAUCCGAGUCUUUCUACCCAAUUGCUGGCAGAGCAGAGUCAACACUAGUACACCUGACAGGGGGAUCCUCAACAACUACAAUCGGACGCCAGCCAUCCACAGCCAACCAACCUGCCGCAACCGAUAUGGUAGGUUAGCCUCUGACACUGUCCUUCAAAGCGGUGUUUGGGAGUACUGUACGGAUUUCUUCCAGUGAAAGCAAAUCCAAAGACCGGCUUGAAGGGAAGCUUGAGGUCCUUGUGAUUCCCGAAGCAGACCAGACUAAAAUAUACAUCACCGUAUCAACUCAUACACUUGCCAUGACGGCGGUAACGGCCAAAUCAGGUGCAGCAACACCUGAUUGGGCCUCCAACAUCUGAAUUGCUUCUGCAAAACACGGUCAUGAGGGUCUUUGACCCUUCUCCUCAGCAAACCUUCCCCUCGGGCUUCACCCACAAUGUCAGCUUGGUGGAUACCAUCGGCUGGACUGCAUUGAAACCAGCAGCUAACUCACCCAAGCCGAAGUUGUCACUCCAAUGGCUGUCACAAGACGAAUGGUCAGGAAUCAAGUACAACUCAAGCAAGCUCGCUCUCUUGGACGACAGCUUGAUUAAAGAUGAAGUCAAGAGCAUUGAAGUAGUAGAUAGUCGAUCUCAGAUGGUCGGCCAAGGCAUCUUCCGCGUCCACCAACAGAGCAGGCCCAGCCGAUCUUUCAGAAACCUGUUGUCUAGAGCUCCCGCUGAUCCAAGCGAUGACCAACCACUUGGAAAAACCUGGUUGCCAGAUCGAUCUUCUAUCGAGUUCGGGCAACCUGGCAACACUAGAAUGUUUGGUCAAAGCGGAACACCAAGGACAUGCCGGACAAGACCGGGAAUAGCCAAGGUGGCUGGGUUUUCUUCCUUUGUGCAGGUGGCAUCUGACGUGCAAAGAUAUGAUCUUGAGGGUAAAAAGCUGUACAAGAGGCUGGAAGAGGGCCGAGUGGCGUUCUAUGGGGCGAUUCAGGUUCCGCCAGAGCUGAGGGAUGGAUAUCGGAUUGCAUGA